AUGGAUACUAUCAGGUUAGUAAGGCAGUAUCUACCCCUUUGAAAUCCAUGCUGAUGCAAAAUGAGCAAGUUGUUUUCUUCGGAGGACGCAUCAGUUACCACCAGUUACCCUGCAGAAGGGUUCGAACUUUCUUAUUUAUCAUUUCGUCUGUCAGAUUCCACACAGCUCUAUCCGAUUUUGACAUUUUCGAUAUUGCAGACUUUAUAUACGAUACAUCAGGAUAAAGUAAUUCCUGUUUUCUACGGAGAAUGGACUAUUUGAUUACCUGAUUCACUAGAUAUCAGGCAUUUAGGAAUAAGAUGACUUUAUUUAAAACACUGGUUUUCGUCCCCUACUUAGGCUUUACUCUUGUAAUUUGGGGAGGAUGACUUCGCACUUCCUUUUCCUGACUUCAACUACAUUCAAGAUGAUCACUAAGGCUGCUGAGAUUGUGGAACAUGUUUCUAUGUGGGACAAACAUUUGCAUUUCCGCCAAUUAGCUGCCUACGUCCAGUAAUGAAAUCCGUUAUACAAUGCCAUACACAGCUGACAUUUAUUUCGGUCCUGACGAUGGCCGACUAUAAUCCAUUCUAUACCGCCACAUGCAGGCCAAUCCUCCCUGCAUUUUUCUGAUGCUAUUUUUUUGAGGGUUGUUUUCUUCUGUUAAAUUAAUACAAUCAUUUUUAAAUUUUGCUAUGGAGUUUUUUUCACCCAUCGUUUUUCAUUUUGCUUAACGGACUUCUAAUCUCAAAAACUAUGUAUUGCACUUUGUACAGAUUUUGCCUACCUCGUCUAAAAUUCGCACGUAAAUUUAUUUUUCUUGCUUUGAUGGGACCCCGACGGGUCUUUAAUAAAAAUAAUUGAAUUGAAUCGAAUUAAAUUUAAAUUCGUUUAUUAACUGGCUGAGCUUUCGGGCGCUACCUUCGUCGAGGUGUGCAGGGACUAGGUCCUUAACAUCAACACUAACCACGCCAGCGGGUACCCUCCGUGACUUAGGGAAGCUGCUAAGAAAAGGCACACUGACCGUGGUGGCCCGUAAAGAACGCUUACCGAAGUCAAGGAAACAUCUAAACUUAUUCAAAAAGUCAACACCUAUUAUACAGUCCCAAUUCUCAUUUUGUGCAUCCGAUUUCCCUCUAACUGUUGUAAUUUAUUUUUACAUCGUUAGCCCCUAGCUGAAAUUCAGUCAACUUGUCUGCCAGAAGUUUUCUUAAUCACAAAUUGCCUCGAGACAAGAUGAGACCAAAAGUCACUGGUCGACGUAAGCUCUCGGCUCUUGUAAGUAAACAUGGCCUAACUAAACGUAAGUCAGAAGCUUUACCUAAAUCUAAGUCAGACGAUAUUACUAGUCAGUCGUCACCCGUUGUAAUUGGUCGGCAGCUUAAUCUGUCUGCACUUGACCACUGCAAUGACCUUAUGCUAAAGUUUGGCUCCUUGCUGACAAUUCUUGGACAUUUAUUCGACGGGAACAUAUCCGAUAUUCCCUCUGAAGAAUGUAGGCGUCUCGACUCACUUGUUCACCUGAUCGCCAGUGAAUCUAGUGAUAGACAGAAGCGUUCUUACAACUUCCUGCUAAAAAAUGUUCCUCGAUCUGCUCGGCCAAUUGAUGUUGCGACCAGUUUCCUGUAUUCAUGUGGUUUCCACUAUAAAAUAGCUGAUGCCAACCGCUUGUCCUCCCGUAGUACAAAUCCACCAAUCUUAGUCAAAUUGUUUUCAUCAAUCGAAGUUGACACAAUAUUUACUCAUCGAGAGCGUGUCACUGCGUACCUACAGAAGGCAAAAUUUUUCCUUUGUCAUGAUCUUACUCCUAUGGAGCGUAGAAUCGGGUCUCUAUUCUCACGUAAACCUACUGCUUCUCAGUCUAAUGCUCCCCAACUCGGUCAUAAUACAAGUGGCCGUAAGGAUUCAGCUUCUCCUACUCCUGCGACAUCUGACUCCCUCCUUCCUCUUUCUCCUACAUCUCCAUCUCACUCAAGCCACUUGACGCAUUUGCCUGCCCAUAAACUUGCAGCAGCAGCAGCAGCAGCAGCAGCAGCAGCAGCAGCAGCAGCAGCAGCAGCAGCAGCAACAGCAGCAGCAGCAGCAGCCCCAUUUGUCGUUUCGUGUCCUCCGGAUAGUCCCGCUGAGACACAUGGAAAUCCGUCUACAUCAGCUAGACCGAUAA